AUGAUACCUUAUAUUGAUAAAAUUUUUGCUUUUUUUAGUAUCUUUUUUGUAACUUUAUUUGGUAGUAUUAUUCCAUUAUGUGUUAAAUCUUAUUCUGAAUGUAAAAUUUUUAAUUUAGUUCUAGGAUAUAGUGGUGGUAUUCUGUUAAGUGGGGGUUUAGUUCACUUAUUGCCUGAAGCAAGAAAAGAUUUAAAUAAAAUUAAAAAACAACAAAAUUUACAUUUUAAUUAUCCAAUAUGUGAAAUGUUUGCUGUUUUGGGUAUUUUUUUAAUUAUUAUUGUUGAGCAGAUAAGUGAUUAUUUAAUACAGAAAAGAAAAUAUGAGCGUACUGAAAAGCCCAAUGAUGAUAAUUGUUGUAAUGAAUGCUACAAUAUAUUUUUUUAUGCAAAUAAAUUUGAUUACAUAAAUAUUUUAAAUAUAAUAAAAAAUAACAAAAUUGAAGAUAAUAAAAUGUAUUUUAUUAAUUUAAAGAAUAUUAAUUCCGUUGAAAGUGAUAAACAUAUAAUUGAAAAAAUAUGCACAAAAAAAUCUUUAAAAUUAGGAAAAAUGAAUAUGAAAUACACAGGAAAAAAAAAUGUGUGUAGGAAAAUUAAAGUACAAGAUUCUUUUGAAACAAAUUCGAAAUAUAAAAGCAUUUCAAUGAAGCAUAAUAAAAAAAUGCUGAUAUCCAAAUUAAAUGAAAAAAAAAAACAGAAUAGUGAAAGACAACCAGAUAUAAUAAACGAUUUACACAAUCAUUAUGAAGAUGAUUUAGAAGAUGGCAAUAUAUACUUCAUACAAGCAUUUAAUGAUGGUAUAAUAGAAGAUUAUGAAUCAGAUGAUACAAUACAAUAUAAUUUUAAUAAAGCUCCUAUUAUUUUAUUAUUAGCAUUUUCUUUUCAUUCAAUUAUAGAAGGAAUAACAUUAGGUAGUGUAAAAAAUUCAUAUGUUACUAACUUUUCUAUAAUAUCACAUAAAGCUUUUGCAUCAUUUUCUAUUGGCAUAAAUUUAAUUAAUAUGCAAAUAAAAAAAAAAAAAUAUAUUCUGUUUAUGCUUCUUUUUUCAUUGAUGACUCCUUUAGGAAUAUUAUUAGGUUUAGUAACUAAUAUUUUUGCUUCUACUUCUUCUACCGUUAUUCAAUUCUUACCAUCUAUUUUAGCAUCUAUUGGUUCUGGUACUUUUGUUUAUAUUUCUUUAUUUGAAAUAAUUGGGCCUUUAUUAUAUACAUAUAAAAUACAUAAUCAUUGUAUGCACACACAAAAAAAUUUUGCUUAUUUUAAAAUUCAAUAUAAAAUUCAAAUAAUUUUAUUAAUUAUAAUUGGUGCUCUAUCUAUGUUUAUUUUAACAUGGUAUUUUUAA